AUGGAAACUAUUAGUUGUCCAUUUAAUAUACAAAGAUUCUUGUCACAAGCUUUUGUUGUUGAUCAAUCAUUACUUGAUAAACAAAUAUCAUCAAAUAUUAUAUCUUCAAAUAUCUCAUCAAAAGAACAUACUAAUAAUAAUAAUAAUAUAAAAGAAUGUAAUGAAAAAAAAUCAUAUCCACCUAAUCUUUGGGAGGGAAAUUUUUUUAAACCAAUAACAUCUACAUCUAAUAAUCAAUGGCAAUCUAAAAAAAAUUAUAUUUUACCUACAAAAGGAAUAUCAUUAAAUGAUGACAACAAAACACAAAGUAACGAUUCAAAGAUUCAUUUACGAUCUCAACAAAGCAAAAGGAAACCCAGAGUUUUAUUUACGCAUACUCAGGUAAUGCGUUUAGAGGAAAAAUUUAAGCAACAAAAAUAUGUUAAUUCAUCUGAAAGAGAGGAACUUGCAAUUGCACUUGGAUUAACACCAACACAAAUAAAAAUAUGGUUUCAAAAUCGUAGAUAUAAAUGUAAAAGAGUUGACCAGGAUCAGGCUUUAAUGAUAACAAGUCAAAUGCAAAUGCCAACAAAUUCUUUAUAUGAUAUAAGGUUAUUUGGUUUAAACAGUUUUUAUAGAUAA